AUGUAUGACGUCUAUUGGAACGAUGACAAGCCUGAGCUCGUCGGCGAGCGAAAUGCCCGCAAGGAGCGCGAGAAGCGCGAGGCAUCGGACAAGGCAGCAUCAGAGAGGGCACCCUCGGUGCGAAGCGAUGAUGCCAAGAACACUAACAAGCGACAUUCAUUUGUUUCGAUGCCUGGAUCUGGUCACAGCGAGAAGAGCUUUGGAUUUCUAUCGAUUAAUGGUCGAAAGCGCGCAAGCACGAACACUGGAGGCUCCAUGGAAGUCAAGUUUAAUGCAAAUGGCUCCAAGAGAGCUGCUAGCGACGAGAGCAGCAUCAUUGAGGAUAACACUGAGCUCAACCCCUCAUUGGGAGGAGGAGAGAAUGGUGUAAACGCAGGCAUUCAUGGAGCUCAAGACGAGCAAACGGCAGGCGACCAGUCCUGGAUUUCUUUGCGAGAGUCCUCAGUCUCUCAUUGGGCGACCCCUUCCCUUGCCGCCUCUAGUACACUGGCAAGCAGCUCGCGCAACUCGCAAAACACGUCAGACAAUCGAGACUCUGGAGAUUCGCGCAGCAUGGUGGACUCAAAGUUGAUCAAGUCUGAGCAUCAUCUCCAGCAGCUGGACGCAUCCUCGUUUGUCUCUCAGGACAAGCAACUCACCGUUUCCUUGCGACCUGCUAAUGACAACGGUGACAACAGUGUCACCUCUGAAGUUCGCAUCACUUCAGAUAGCAAGAAGGCUCCCAUGCCUGCACUGAAGCCUCUCAUGCUUGGAUCCACUGAACGUUACGAGGACGUUGACAACUCUAUGCUUCUGUCCUACCACGAGGCAACCUUUCCCGAGGGCACAGUGUUUGGCCAGCCCGACGAAGAGCACGAUUCAUCCAGCAUCUCCGCUGGUCCGUCCUCCCAGAGUGUUGGAGGAAAUCAGACAGAGUCUCAGCGAUCCUCAGUCUCCCUCGAUUCAGUCACCCUCCCGACUCCUGUCGCUCUCCACGCUCUCCCUCCUCCUCCUGGACCUCCUCCCAGAGGUCCCCCUCCUGCCCCUCCCAAGGGAAAGAAUAAGCAGAGAGCUUCCGCAAGCAUUACCCAGAGCGCCAUGCCGACUCCUUCGCCCCAGGCUCAGAGACGCCAGGUCCGAGGACCUGUUCAGCCCCCUCCUCUGCAGACUCCCAUCGUCAGAGACAGCGUCUGGAAAAUCACUUCCAACUUGACAACCGUGCAGAGAGACAUUAUCAUGAUGGCCACCGCUUCUCCCGAGGUCCUGCUUGCCAACGUCAAGGCUGAUCCGCCCGCUCUCAAGAACGCCAAGAUGUAUGAAGAGCUCGAGGCUAUCAAGAAGCGAUGGAUGUUUUCCUGUCUCUACCAGAACGAUGUCUAUGCCAACUGGCUUCACCAGAAUAACUUUGACCCCCAGAACGUAGAGGAGUCUGCCAGUGUCACACCCAGCAUCCUCGCUCUGUACGAGAGAUCAUCUUCUGCCUCAUUCCUCGCAGGUUUGAACCCGACCAUCAGCCUGACUCAGAUCUGGACCGUUCCCACUCAGCGCGAGUUGUUCCCCAAUCUACAUCCCGUUACCGCCCCGACUCUGCAGGCCAAGCUCGGCUUCAGCAACCUCAAGCACGAGUCCUUUACCUCGGUCACUUGCCUGCGCAUGGGCUCCAUGCUAGCCAAGUACGACGUGCCCAUUGUCCUGGCCGAGAUCUACAAGCUGCUCAAGCCGGGCGGCGCCCUGCACGUGACCCUCAUGGACCCGUGCCCCGAGGAGCAGGUCUGCGGCCCCCUGAUGCGCAAGUGGAUGCGGGACAACCUCAUCGUCGAGCUCGAGAAGCACGCGCGCACCACGAGCCCGAGCCGCGACGUCCCGGCCUGGAUGAAGGCCGCCGAGCUGCGCGGCCGCGGCAGCCACUAUACCCAGUACCACGUCCCCGUGGUUCCCGCGGGCUACGACCGCAUCCAGGAUGACAAGCAGUGGGAGCCCGCCAUGGGCGAGGCGCGCUGCCGAGUCAUGGCCAUGCUCUGGUACGAGAUUUGGGGCAAUCUCAUCCAUGACUGCAAGUGGUGGUGGGACGAUGAGGAUAUCCUCAAGGAGUGUGCCGAGUACGGAACCUACUUUGCCUACUUUUUUGUCACGGGCGUCAAGGAGGCCAAGCCCGCCGCCAAGAAGGCCAAGAAGGCCAAGAAGAACUGA